GUUGAACGGUCCGCGCGGUGUCAGAAGCCAAGUCCCACGUCGUCAAGGCAUGAACCUGCUGUGACCUUGAGGGGGGGUCGGUGUACAUCUUCUGCUUCCCACAUCCACGCUUGCCGCCGCCUUGUGAGGUGCCGGUGCUGCGACGGCCGAUGGAGGUUGUGCUGAUAGAUUUCGGCUGCGCCACCACGCCACCGGCGAGGUUGGAUCCGAAGGUAUCGCGCCCAGAUAGCCGCCCUGGCGCUCGUCACAUCCGCGCGCCCGAGGUGGUGCUGGGCCUGUGCUGGGACUGCGAGGCAGACGUCUGGAGCCUCGGCUGCACCCUCGCCUCGCUGUAUAUGGGCGCCCGCCUCUUCCACGUCCACACCGACAUGGAGCACCUCGCCAUGAUGGAGCACAUCACCGAGACGUGCAUCCCCGUCUCCAUGGGCCUGGGCGUCGCUCCGCGCAUCGCGGAGAAGGGGGCGUUCUUCGACCGGACGGGGCGGCUGGAGUGGCCGCGUCGUGCGUCGAGCGAGGACGCCAUCGACCGUGUGCGCGAGGCGCCCACGCUGCGCCAGGCUGUGCUCCGGCGCCACGGCACGUUCGGGGAGCUGCUGGCGGGGAUGCUCGAGAUAGAGCCACGGUCGCGGCUCCAGGCCGCGGCGCUGCUGAGGGGGUCCUUCCUCGCAGGGCCAGAGGUGUCAGAGUGAGCGCGCUGAGCCCUGGUGGGUCUCCAUGCCUGGAGCCCGGCCAUUCCGGAGUCCUACAGCGUUCACUCCUCCCUGUUUCCCAGGCCCCCGACCCUCAACCCUCCGCAAACCCUUGACGUAUGUCCUUGUUGGAUUCGCCGUUUGCUUGAACAUGUGUGUUAGUGAUAGUUCGUCAUCUUGCGCGUUGAAUUAGUUUUUGUAGGUCGAACGGCGUCACCGCUUCCUGGUUGGACUGGG